UUGGCUGCGUGGAAGAGGGGGUGGGUCUGUUUGUGUGUGUGGACAGACUGUACCACCCGUGCAGAGGACAGUGCGAGGUACCCAGAUGUGUCACUGUGUACUGAGGGAGUGUCAGCCCCAGUGUUGCAUCCUGACUGAAGGGCUGGAGAGGGCUGCGGUUUCCACACUAUCAUCAGUGGCUCUCAGCUUCUCUCUCCCUCUCUCUCUCUCUGCGGAUCACAGACAAAGGAAAUAAAUCUGCAACCUGAUGAUGCGAUCUCUAUUCCAGAAUUGACAUCAGGGAAAUUGAGCCGGAUUUUCGAAAAAAUGAGCUGAUCUAUUGCAUUGCACUAGAAUCGGGAGGUUUGGAGGCAGUUUUUUUUUGUUUGUUUUGAACGUUUUGGUUUCUCAUGCUGCUUGCGCCCAUGCUGUGAAUUUUCCAAUGAGCCUGGACAAAGCUGUCUCUCCUUGUGUUUUGUUGAGUUGGCUCUUGCCGAAGAUCUCGAGAAAGAAAAUUUUGGUUGCUGUUGUAAGUAGACAACACUUCGCCAGUAGAUUGGAAACCAUUUGCUCCUAAUCGCUAGAUGUCGGUCCCACGAACUAUGAUUCCAGUCACGGAGUUUAAGCAGUUUACUGACCACCAGCCUGCGUUUAGAGUGUUGAAACCAUGGUGGGAUGUCUUCACCGACUACAUAGCCAUCGCCAUGUUGAUGAUCGGUGUGUUCGGAUGCACAUUACAGGUCAUGCAAGACAAGAUCAUUUGCCUCCCAAAGCGUAUCUCACCCCACAAUCUUCACCCUGUUCAAAAUCAAACCUUGGUCAACAUUUCCUCAGGUCAGUUUGUAACACCAGCAAUGCUGCCACUAUCACGCCCAGCCUCUCACACUUCAAUUGAAAUGAAAGGACUGAAAACAAACCUUGAUCUUCAGCAGUACAGCUUUAUAAACCAAAUGUGCUAUGAGCGUGCCCUGCAUUGGUAUGCCAAGUAUUUUCCCUAUCUCGUCCUGAUACACACUCUGAUCUUCAUGCUGUGCAGCAACUUCUGGUUCAAAUUCCCUGGCUCCAGCUCGAAGAUCGAGCACUUCAUCUCGAUCCUGGGCAAGUGCUUUGACUCGCUGUGGACCACCCGCGCCCUGUCCGAGGUGUCCGGCGAAAAUCCCGAGGAGAAGGACAGUAAGAGCAGCCAGAAGAGUCACCAGGUCCGAGUGGCACCGGGGCUGCCCAACACUGAAGGCAACCUGGUGAAAACGCAGUCCUUGCGCUCCAUUCCCGAGAAGAUAGUGGUGGAGAAGCCAACGGUCAGUGCCCUAGACAAGAAGGAAGGUGAGCAAGCAAAGGCACUGUUUGAAAAAGUCAAAAAAUUCCGACUUCACGUGGAGGAAGGAGACCUUCUGUAUUCCAUGUAUGUCCGUCAGACCAUCAUUAAAGUCAUUAAGUUCAUCUUCAUCGUUGCAUAUAACAGCAUCCUGGUCUCUAAAGUCAACUUCACUGUGGAUUGCGAGGUCAACAUCCAGGAGAUGACCGGCUACUGUAAGUUUUCCUGCAAUCACACCAUGGCCCACCUGUUCUCCAAGUUGUCCAUUUGCUAUCUGUGUUUUGUCAGUGUCUACGGCCUCACCUGCCUAUACACACUGUACUGGCUCUUUUACCGAUCUCUUAAGGAAUAUUCCUUUGAGUAUGUCCGCCAAGAGACUGGGAUCGACGACAUCCCAGAUGUGAAGAAUGACUUUGCCUUCAUGCUGCACCUGAUAGACCAGUACGACCCGCUGUACUCCAAGAGAUUUGCGGUCUUCCUGUCCGAGGUCAGUGAGAACAAACUGAAGCAGCUGAACCUAAACAAUGAGUGGACCCCGGAUAAACUCCGGCAGCGGCUGCAGACCAAUGCUGAGAACCGGCUGGAGUUACAGCUUUUCAUGCUGUCGGGGCUGCCAGACACAGUGUUCGAACUGACUGAGUUGCAGUCUCUCAAGCUGGAGAUCAUCAACAAUGUCACCAUCCCAGCCACCAUUGUGCAGCUGGUGGACCUUCAGGAGCUCUCCCUGUACCAGUGCUCAGUCAAGAUCCACAGCGCCGCCCUGGCGUUCCUGAAGGAAAACCUUAAGGUCUUCCGUGUCAAGUUUGACGACAUCCGUGAGCUCCCACACUGGAUGUAUGGGCUGAAGAGUUUGGAAGAGCUGCACCUUCAAGGCUCUUUGAGCCCUGACCUCUCCAAGAACAUCACCCUGGAGUCCUUGCGGGAACUCAAAAGCCUCAAGGUACUUUGCAUUAAAAGCAACUUGACCAAAAUCCCACCCACAAUCGUUGAAACUUCCAGUCACCUUCAAACACUGCGCAUUCAAAAUGAUGGCACCAAACUGGUGAUGCUCAACAGCUUGAAGAAAAUGGUGAACCUAACUGAGCUGGAGCUCAUCCACUGUGACCUGGAGCGAAUACCCCACGCUGUCUUCAGCCUGAUUAAUCUUCAGGAGCUGGACUUGAAAGAAAACAAUCUGAAAUCCGUCGAGGAAAUCAUCAGUUUUCAGCAUUGCCGCAAGCUCACCUGCCUCAAGAUGUGGCACAACAGCAUCAUGUACAUCCCAGAGCACAUCAAGAAGCUCUCGAGCUUGGAGCGUCUCUACUUCAACCACAACAAGAUCGAGGUUCUGCCCUCGCAUCUUUUCCUGUGCAACAAGCUGAGGUCCUUGGACCUGGGAUACAACGAUAUCCGGUUCAUUCCGCCAGAGAUAGGCGUCCUCCAGAACCUGCAGGAGUUCACCAUCACCGGCAAUAAGGUGGAGAGCCUGCCCGAUGAGCUGUACUUCUGCAAGAAGCUGAAGGCACUGAGAAUUGGCAAGAACAACCUGUCCGUCCUGUCCCCAAAGAUCGGCAACUUGGCGCACCUCACGCUGCUGGAGCUGAAGGGGAACCAUUUUGAGGGGUUGCCUGCAGAGCUGGGCGCGUGCCGGGCACUGAAGCGAAGCGGUCUAUUGGUGGAGGACGCCUUGUUUGAUGUGUUGCCAUCCGACAUCAGGGAACAAAUGAAGACGGAGUAGAAUGUGGGGUCAAAAGGGACAGUCUAAAUGUCAGCCAUAUUGUCACCACUUUUAGAAUCACGUGACCCUUGAUGGGUGAGUCUGUCGUGAGCUAGUUGUGGUCUUUUGUUUUGCUUAUUUUCCUUUUAAGUUGUAUAACUUGAGAGAGAGAGAGAGUCACUGCCAACAUUUUUACAUUAAUCUUGUAUUUUAUAAUCCAUCAUGUUCCUUUUAGCUGCGCUGUGUGAAACAUCUGUUGGAAUCGGUGAAGAUUGAAUAAUUUGCGGCUCACCUCUGUUGUCAUUAACAAAUUUUAAGCGAUGGAUUUUAGUGCAUUAUAAAACUUCUGGCUUCAUGCCAGAGAAACCUGACCAGAGCAGACCAUUGCCUUCCCACACUGAAAGGAAGUUAUCAGUGUGGAUAUGACUGACAGAAAUAUCUGUCUGUGAACUUGUGACCAGCCUUUUUUUUUAAGAAGAAGAGAUAUUUAAUAUAUAAAAUCAGAAGUCUGUGGUGAGACGAGACGGCGAUUUCUCCCAAAUUUAUUUAUUUAAUGAAAAGAAGUGAAAUGUGCCUUUUAUAGGGUGUUAAUGCCCAAAACUGCUGUGCAGGCUAGUGUAUCAUGCCACUAAAACACUGAAAAGAUAUCAGCCAACUGAUUCAAAUAUUCAUUGCUUAUCAGUUUUUCACUGCAAUGUACUAGCAGGGAAAAUAGGAUUUUGCACUAAAAACAAAGGGGUUGUCAUUAUGGUUCAGUUGUAACCCAAUGUGAGCUCGUACUUGCUGACGGGACACUGGAGGGUUACAGGCUGCGUGGGGACUAGAUGCCACUUAGGCAAAGGUGAGGACUGCAGAUGCUGGAAACCAGAGUUUAGAUCAGAGUGGUGCUGGAAAAGCACAGCAGGUCAGGCAGGAUCCGAGGAGCAGGGAAAUCGACGUUUCGGGCAACAGCCCUUCAUCAGGAAACUAGAAGCCACUUGUUAAAUGGAGGCUGCAGAGGAAUUAAUGCUAAACAUAGGAGCUGGAAACUGAGGUACGCUGAUGCAAAAUCUUGUCAGAUUGAUCUGCAUCUGUAUAGUGUAUGGGGCAAUGGAUGACUAUAACCGUGUUAUAGCAUCUCAGUAUAGUGGCUAUGAGACUGCAGAGCACAAGAGACCAAACUGCUGCGGAGAAGUGUUGGUAAAUAAGAAAUGUUCAAUACAUUACAUAGAAAAUUUCUUUUUAACAAUUAUAUGUAGGCUGGCAGAGCAUGAUAGGAUCAGUAUGAUGUAGUCAAAUACGUAAUUAGGAGGAUUUAUGACAGGAGUUCAAAGUAUAUGGCCUCACCCUGGUCAAAGUUAUUUUUUUAUGCAAAAUAUCUUAAAAAGCACUAAACAUCCCCAUGUACCUAGAUCGAUAUAUGCAUAUAAGAUGUACAAUAUAAUUAAUUAUCUUAUUUGUGGGAGAGGGCCAUUUGGAAUGUAACUAUCAAAAUGUGAGCCUGCCAAUCUGAGAUUACUCAAACUAAAUCAUAAAGAAAAUCAUAAAACUAAAUCAUAAAUUGCAAACCAGGAUGUUAGUGUAGAAUGUGUGACAGUCAGUCUUUACACUGAAUUAACUAAGGAUUAACUCUGGUUUCCAAACCAAGUGUAUCAACAACAACCUACAUUUGCACGCACUUUCUAUCCACAAAGCCUGCCUUCCUGUCGUCAGUAUUUUGCAUCACAUCUCUAUCAUAAUUUUCCCGUAAAAUAUUUGUAUUCCCACAUUCCUAGUAGAAAGCUAAAGCACCUUUUAAUGUUUUCUAAAUAUUUAUAAUGACUGCAGGCUGCCCAAAAGACACUUUUCUUCAAAGCAAAGGCACCUUCAUGUCCAACCCAAAGUAGAACUUAGCCACUGGUUCAACUGCAGAGAGUACACACAAACACUGCUGAUGGGUUUGACCAUUGGGUCAGAGAGCUAAGCUAAUGCCAACUUAUUAUGCAGCUCCUGCGUCAAUGUGAAAUGAAAAUCACUUAACAGGAAUAUUAUGGCAUUAAAGGAUAAUUGAGUUUUGUUGUCUUAAUUGUCAAGGGGAAAUUUUAAAGCUUCCUUCCUCAACAUUUACACAUUAGUCAUAUCAUAAAGUCAUUAUUCAGGAGUUAAAUGUUGAAAGGGUGAUGUGGCAGUUGAUUUUGAUGAAAGGACCAAUGGAUCUUUUUCUGGUCCACGCUUUAGACAAACAACAUUCCAAACUUUAUACAACGGGAGAUUGUACACAGAGUUUAAUGCUUGACUGUUUUGUUCAAAGUUAAUUUACCACAAAUAGAAUUACUUUUGUAUCUAAAUGAAAACAAAUGAAAGAAAAGUGCAAAGAAAAACGUUCAAAGCUACUUAUAGAAACAUAGACAAUAGGAGCAGGAGUAGGCCAUUCAGCCCUUCGAGUCUGCUCCAUCAUUCAAUAUGAUCAUGGCUCAUCAUCUAACUCAGACCCCUGUUAUUGCUUUCUCCCCAUAUCAUUGAUCUCUUCAGCCUUACGAUCUAACUCCUUCUUGAAAACUUCAGUGUUUUGGCCUCAAACACUUUCUGUGUCAGAGGUUUCUGUAGAUUCACUGCUCUCUGGGUGAAGACAUUUUCCUCAUUUCAGUCCUCGAUGCCCUCCUAACUGUAUCCUCAGACAGUGACUGCUGGCUCUGGGUUAAAAGUGCACAGCUAAAAGUAGAGGGCUUUCAUUUUACACUUUGCUUCACAAUCCCUGGAAUUAAAAACAAAUAUAAUCCUUCAUCUUUUAUGCUUGAAAUCUUAGAAGCAGGAAGCCACAACUUGUACAAUCUUGCUCAGAAGCUGUGUGCAACAGGAUUAGCCAAGGCAGGAGAAGAAUCUCGUGUUUAGGUCUGUUUUUCCAACAAUGCCAAGAAUUUACCUGGUCUUUAACACACAAAUCUUAUUAUCUGCCCUGUUCUUCAGUUUUAGACUCCUCACUGCACCUUGUGCCAAGUAACCAUCAUUCAGUUUAAGCUGAUAGCCGCUGGCCAAUCUGUACAGAUGUCACUCCAUCAUCAGUUACUAGUUAUUGUAUGAGAUCAUCGUACUUUCACUUGUCUUUUGAAUAUUCUCUGUCCUUGUGGAGGCAUAUAUUCUUCUGUUUCGCAUGUCAACUCUCUGACAACCUAGUUGAGAAAGAAAGAAAGUCUUGCAUUUGAUGUCAUCCAAAGCUCUGUUUAUGUGUCCAUAUUCACACCAAAUCCAGUUCAUUUUGUUAGGUUGGCUCCCAGUUAAUGAACGCCUUUAGUUUAAAAUUCCCAUGUUUGUUUUCAACUCCCUCCAUGCCCACCUCUCUCCUUCAUGUCUGGAAUUUCUUCCAGCUCUACAACUCCCUGUCAGACUUGUACUUUUCCAAUUUCUAGUUUUACUUGCUUUACUACUAAUGGCUAUGCCUUUAGCUGGCUCAAUUCUAACUUUUGGAAUUUACCUUCUCAACCUCUUCCCUCAUUCUAUCUCCCAUUUCUCCUUUUAAAUAUUUAGUCAAAGGGUACCUCUUGGACCAAGCACUUGUCCAACUGCCCUAAUGCUACCUUAUGUGGCUAGGUCUCAAAUAUUACUUCAUUGUCUGAUUAUGUUAAAGGUGAUAUAUUAAUGCAAAUUUUCAAGCUUUCAGAAACUCAGAACAAGCCAAAGCUCUUUACAGUCAACAGCAGUCCCAAACUAGCAAUGUGAUAAUGAGCAGAUGACCAGAAACUUGCAGAUGUGAUGCCUCCCACUUGUGCAGGUGGAGCACUGGCAGAUCAGUGUGCUUCAGCAUAACACCAACUGGGGUUUCAAGCUGUGGCCAAAUUCCAAAAUGUUUCAACUUCCAACCAAAAGAGAUGCCCCUUCAAAGUCUUGACUUCACCUGACGAAGGAGCAGCGCUCCGAAAACUUGUAAUUUCAAAUAAACCUGUUAGAUGAUUAGCUGGUAUCACGUGACUUGUGACUUUAGCUAAGAGAGUACAGCCGAUUAAAGUAAUUGUUGUGUUGUAAGUAUAUAAACCAUUAAUAUCCUUUUGGGAUAUUAUUCUAUGCAUUAUUGUUAUGGAAGUGUUAACUCAUGAAAUUGAAUUUUGUUUCUGUUAUGGUAGCGUGUUAGGAGUUCAGAGAGGUGAUUCACAUCUUUGUUUUGAAGAAAACCCCAUGUUAUCUGAAAGGACCAAUUGAUUUAGCUUUGCUUCCCAUCUAUGGAAGUUGCAUUGUAUAAUGAUUAUGUGUGAUGCAGAAACUAUUGAACACUUGGAAGAUGGCCAUUUGGCCUCACGUGUCUGUGCCAGCUCAUUGACUGACCCACUCCAUGAAUCUCAUUCCCUUGCUUUUUUCUGUAGGAACAUCCAUUUCCCUUUUGAAGGCUACUCUGGAAUCUGCUUCCAUCAGUCUAGGGUGCCAUGACAACUCGCUGUGUAGGAGAAAACGGCCUCCUCACCUUCCCCUCUAGUUCUUAUACCAGGGUUCUGUUCCUAUUGAAACUAAUGGAGCAAAGCUAAUUCUGAUUUUAUUUUUGCUUAUACUAAGGAUGCUGAAAAAUAAUAAAAAAACAAAAGGCGUAGUCAGCCCAAAGAGAUAAUUUUGGGAGAGCCAGUAUUCCUUCAGUUAUACAGUCACACAGCAUUGAAACAGACCCUUCGGUCCAACCAUUCCAUGCCGACCAUAAUCCCAAACUAAACUAGUCCCACGUGC